AUGUUAUCCUUGAGAGCUUGGUAUGUGCUCCUCAGCAUUCCCAUCAAGCUCCUCGUAGCAUUGAUCAAAUACCCAUUCUUUGGCGGCAUCAAUGAAAGAUACAGAAACAACUUGAGACUCACUUUGAAAUUGCAGCUCUACCGCACAGCAUUGUCGAUUCCAGUCAAGGAUGCCCACGUCAUUUCCAUCUUGUCGAGUUAUUUUCUCAUCAACAAAAUGAUCAAGUCGUUAUACCCCAGUUUAACGCGAGGAUUAAACAAGUAUGGACAAAGAUACGAUAAGCAAAGCAUCUGGUUGGUUGAAGCAACAAAAAGAAGCAAAGAUGACCCAAUUCUCAUCUUCUUACACGGGGGUGGAUACUACUUGGAAGCAAUGCCCGAACAAAUGCAGUCGGUGUUGAGCAUAUACCAUUUGCUCGAGCCUAAAAAGAGAGAUAAACUCUCGGUGUUGCACUUGGACUACAAGUUGGCCAGUCGUGGCCAUUAUGUCACCUCUCAACUUUACCAGUUUGCGGAAACUUAUGAGGCCCUUACAGCUAGAGAUGGAAACACCAAUAUAAUCCUCAUGGGCGAUUCGGCCGGGGGCCACAUUGCGAUAACUUUUCUUCAACACCUCAAACAGCAGCAGAAAAAAGCGCUUCCCUGGCCAACAUCAUUGGUGCUCAUAUCUCCCUGGGUCAAGCUUCACCCCGAACCGCACCAGGGAACAAAAGGAUGGUCCUAUUACGAAAACAGUAAACGCGAUAUCAUCCAGUACCGCUUCUUUCAAGAAAAAAACCGCCAAGUCGCCAUUAUCGGCGCCAAGAACCAUAAGCGGUUCUUCUCGGAGCUGGGCCAAAAGAAAGUCGUUGAGGACCCCAGCCAUUUGGACAUGUUGAUUUCUCCCGGGAACCACCCUUAUAGCUACUCCGACUGGGACGAUAUCCCAACACUCAACGAUGCGGGCCACUCGGUGUUUGUCGUUUUGGGCGAACACGAAGUAUUCCGCGAUGAUAUCCUCGAAUGGUGCCAGUAUGCAGUCAAGUCUCCUCUUAUUAAACAAAAGCUCGACUCUGGCGGUGUUGUCGAUGCCAAGAUCCACGAAUACGCCGACGAUGAAAAGUUGAACGGCGCCUAUAUCAAUAUCGAGGUGGAGCCAUGGGGAGUCCAUGAUGCUGCGCUUUUCAUGGAGAACGACAUCGCUAGCAAAUUGCAGAAAAAUCCUCAUUUGAAAUUACUGAAUUUGGACAGGAAGGAGUAUUUUGGAAUUGUUCAUAUCUGCGAGUUUUUAAACAAAGUUUUGUAA